CGACAACACUUGCACACCACAUCAUCCACAACCCAUCAUAACUAAUUACUAUUUGUGAUCAUGAGCCUUAAACGAAAAGCUGCUGGAGCUGCGACAGAUGCGGCCAAGAAGCCAAAAGCAAAUUCCAGCAUAACAGCAUUCUUUGGUGCGCCAAAGCCCAGCCCAAACGCGAAGUCAACGGCUGCAGCGAAUUUCGACAAGAAUGCGUGGGUUGCAAAACUCACAGAUGAGCAGAAGGAUCUUUUGAAGUUAGAAUUAGACACCCUGCACGAGAGCUGGUUGCCGCAUCUCAAAGACGUGCUCGUCAGCCCGCAAUUCUUGGAAUUGAAGAGGUUUCUGAAGAGCGAGUUGAGUAGUGGGAAGACCGUGUUCCCGCCGAUGAACGAUGUGUAUUCAUGGUCGCGACACACUCCACUCAACACGGUUAAAGUCGUAAUCACAGGUCAAGACCCCUAUCAUGGACCCAAUCAAGCUCACGGCCUUUCCUUUUCCGUCCGCCCACCCACGCCGGCACCGCCGUCUCUCCAGAACAUUUACAAGGCACUUAAAAAGGACUACCCUGACUACCAGCCCCCACCAAACAGAGGUGGCCUCCUCACGCCAUGGGCGGAUCGUGGUGUCCUCCUGCUCAAUACAUGUCUCACUGUCCGUCGCGGAGAAGCCAAUUCGCACUCGGGCAAGGGCUGGGAGCUUCUGACACAGAAGGUCAUUGAUACGGUUGUGAAGGUGCGAAACAAUGGCGUAGUGUUCUUGGCUUGGGGCACACCUGCACAGAAUAGGACGAAGGGUAUCCCAGUGGACAAGCACUUGAUCCUGAAGAGUGUGCACCCAAGCCCGCUGAGUGCAAUGAGAGGUUUCUUCGACUGUCAUCACUUCACCAAGACAAAUGAGUGGCUCGUACAGCGUUAUGGAAAGGACGGCGGUAUUGACUGGGACCUAAGCGCAACACCCAAAGAGAACGGCGCACAGAUCGAGAAGAAGGACGAGUCGAAGACGGAGAAAAAAGACAAACCGAAGGUAGAGAAGAAAGUCGAGCCCAAGACUGACAAGCAGGAAGACACUGAAACUGAUCCCAAGGAAGAACAGAAGACCGAGGACCAAGAUGAGUCUGAUUACGAGUAUUGAGCUUUGAAAAAAUGCCAUCAAAAGUAGGAAAGCGAUUCUUUUGGUGUAUGGCGUUCAGCUUUCUGUUGACAGCUACGAUUGUCCGUUGUCUUAAUUAUCGCUUUUGCUGACCAUCGAUGGAACUCGGGCGCACAAGUCUGCGCUUAUCUCGGCGUUGCGUUUCAAUUUUGUCGUAAUCUAUUCCGUGUUGUUAUUCGGCGUCUGUUGGGAAUUUGAUGUCUUACAGAACAUCUUUUCGGCAACGAAACUAUGCCUUUUUCGGUAUGUAGGCUAUUUAAAUUGCACUUUUAUCCCAAAAC